AUGCAUGUCUAUUGGCGAGUCGAGAUGUGGUGCAGGCGGCAAGCGGCGGCAGCCAUCUUGCCUCUAUUACUCGCUGGUUGGCUGACGGGCGAGUCUUCCGAAGCCUUGACUACAUUUGGAAAGAGUAACACAGACGCGCCGAAAAAUGUUCAACCUACCCCCCCACCAGCACGAGCAUGCAACCGGCAGGCGGAGUGUCUGGGAGUCAACAGCGCGUCCUGCGUGCGCACGCACUACGACCCCGUCACCAGGUGCCUGUGUGGGGACAACUCGCCCCCGCUGAACGGACGCUGCGAGCCCGUCACUAAGUCUCUGUACCACGCGUGCGCGAACAGCGACGAGUGCAACGACGGCCUCGUCUGCCUCACGCCCAACAUCACCGGCACCGCCCCCCUGCAUCUCCGAGUUCACUCACCCACAGACAAGAUAUGCCUCUGCGACACAGAGAACGGGUAUCGAGAGAAAGAACAUACGUGCAAUGAUGCUGAAAUCAUCAAAGUUUCUCUACUCGCCAUAGCCUUCGUGACCUGCAUAAGGAAAAUCCUCGUACACUAAAUAAGAAA